AAAUUCCAAAGAAGUGCAUCCUAUAAGGCACAAACCCAAAAAUAAUUUAUUUAGACACAUGUACAACAAUAAAUUUUUAAUUAAAUACACAAAAUAACUAAUUUAUUAAUUAGUACUAACUGUUGAAGUAAGAUUUAUAUUCCAAUCAAUAAUUGAAAAAAUACAGAUUAAAUAAUAAUAAUAAGGUUGAUAAGCAAAGCUAAAUAUUGGAAUCUGAUGGCUAACUGGGUAUCUUCUUUUACCCUUGAAUGACUACAAAAUCAAAGUUCAAGGUGCACCAUCGCUGAACCUCCAUAUUUGAAUAGGUCAAGUGGGCCCACUUUGAGGCCCACCUAGAGUUUCAGCCGAAGAACCAUGUAUAUUUUCUCUUAAAUAAUUAGAUGAUAAAAAGACAAUAAACUCUUGCUAUCACCGCCCUUACCAUGUAAUUUUCAAUGGGUCACACUACCACUUUGGCAUUUGAGCCAUUUGCUAUGUUCUCUUUUCCAUGGCUGAUCAUCAGAAUGACAACAUUUUUGAUAACUCCGUGCCUUUUCUUCUCUUUGCGGUUGGAUCGGCAGCAUUUAUGGUCACACUCUACCACUGCCUGGUAGCCUGCUGGUUCCGGCGUGGCCAAGACAUCACUGGACAACAACCGCAAAGUUCCCGGCCCAACAGACUUAACUCCCUCAACAGUAUUGAUUCAUCCGCGGCCCAACUUAUACCGGCCCAUAAGCAUAAAAAAGGUUUAGGUUUGGUAGGGGAAGAUGGUGCUUGUGCUGUGUGCCUUUGUGAAUUUGAAGAGGGUGAAGAAUUGAGAACUUUACCAGAAUGCAUGCACUCAUUCCACGUACCAUGCAUCGACAUGUGGCUUUAUUCGCAUCCCAACUGUCCUGUUUGUCGGACGGAUGCGGUGCCCUCACUACAUGUGUCUCGGCAUGCAUCGGAUUCCGAUUCUGUUGCAGGUGAGGUUGAGAUAAGCUUGGAUGCAAGAACACUGCAAGACAAUGUUUUGCAAACAAGGAGGGUGUGAUGGUGAAAGGAGGUUGUUUGUAUUAUUUGUUGAGGUUGCUUAAAGAUUAGUCUUAGAGUUUAAUUCUACAAAGUAACUUUAUAUUUGGAUAAUAAAGAAUGUGAUUGUAACCUGUAUAUGUACCACAUUAUUAAUUGUUGAAUAGGCAAAUUGCGUAAGGAAAAUUUUACGUUUAAGGUGUUUAUUGUGUAUUGGAUGCUAUUGAUUCAAAUAAAAGGAAGAUGC